AUGGCAUCACGAACCUCCUCUCGAACGUCAAUUCCUCAACGUCCAAUUCCUCCUUUCAUGAUGAUGUUGAGGUCGAGGAUCAGACAACCACAAUUUUACUGGUUUUUAGGCCACCUUCUCACAGUAUAUCAUUUUAUCAGAUUUCAUUUGUCAUUAUUCUCCAUUUCAUCACAAAAGUACCACUAUAAAAUGAUUCUUGCUAAUAUAUCGAUUACUUACGCUAUUGUCCUCUAUCAAUUUUAUAAAAGUGGACAGCUAAAAUUGAACAGUUGGGAAAAUUUCAGGAAGAACCUCAAAACGUUGGAUAAUUUACAAUAUUUUUCCAUGCUAACGAUACUACUACUUUGUUCUUUAUUCAAUGAUAGUGUCAUAAUCAAUGGAUCAACGUAUUCUGUUGUUAUUUUUUCAUUGUUCCAUUGUCUAAAUUAUUUCAAAGAAAAUUUGUUACCAUUUUUACCAAUUCAAGUAUUAUUAAAAAACGUUAUCAAUGAAAGAAUAAAUAAUUUUAUUAUUCAUUACAAUGAACAAUUUUUAACGAUUGCUCAAUUAUUUGAAAUCAUUUGCUGUUUACGUACUGGAUUGAUUAAUUUACCAAUCAAUUUGAUUAAAUUGGUCAUAACAAGAAAUUUUCAAAUAAGUAUAGCGAAGAUAAUUGCCAAUCUAUCUUAUAUUUGGUUUUUUAAAUUGAGGUUUAUACAGAAUAAACAAAUUCCAGUGAUAUUAAAUGGAGUAGUAUCAAGAAUCGAUGGAUACCUAGACAAUGUACUGAAUGAAAAUAUGAAAUUGAAAUGGAACAAUUAUAAAGUAGCUGUCAAGAGCCUAUUUUGGAAAUUUCCAGUGUAG